AUGAACACAAAGAGGUUACGAGUGACCCUCAUCAGUCCUCGCCCAACCGAAGAAUUUGUGUGGUCCAUGUCCUCCUACGCCUUUCCACAUAACGUCUUCUUGAAUCAUGAUUUGCGCCACAAUCCUGAUCUAUUCGAUGCGAUAAUCACUUCUGUGGUUGUUACUGGCACACCUACGAACGAGGGCAAAAACUUCCAUUUCUGCCUCUCUCUCGUUACCAGUAAUGAAUCCUCUGUUCGAUUCGACCCCACCCCGUCGUAUACGGAUCCUGUUCACCCAAUGCGCACAAACCUCGUUUUAGAGUGGAAGAAGGUGUCCAUUGAUUCCAACACAAGAGACACCGACUUGUUCAAGGUCCCUGUUCUUCGCAAUGAUACGGCUGGGGUUCUUUGCAUGCAACUGUUCAAUGACUUCAAAGUCAAUCAAUAUGAUUUCGAUGACCAAGGAAGGGGCUGCCGUCACUGGUGUGCAUCCAUCUUUAAUAUCCUUGCACGCCUGGGAGUUACUGAAGACGUGUCGUUGGAUUUUGAGAAUUGGGAGAACAAACAAUAUCAGAAAUUUGGUGAUAUGUUCCCUAUGCCGCGUAUCUGUGGUACCUUCUACACUGCCUAG